GAGGAUGGAAUAUUUUGGCAUAAAGAAUUGCCUAGUCGAUGCGGUGAAGACGAAUUCAAACUUCCCUGUGUGUUUGUGAGGGCAUAUAUGAGGACGCAUAGGAGCCUGGUUUCUCUCUCUAAAGUCUUAACAAGCUUUUCUCUCUGCAUUCUGCAACCAAAUUUGAGAAAAAUAAUGGAGCACUCAAUUAAUGGAGGAGAUUUGAGAGGAAAUGAAAGAAUAGAGAUUUUGAAGCCUCGCAUUGAUAAGAGAGAAUAUAGGAGGAUUGUUCUCUCCAACUGUUUAGAAUGCUCCUUACCAGUGAUCCAGACACUGACAAGUGUGCUGCUGCAAUGGAUGUUAAUGUAGGAUCAUUUAGUGAUCCUGAGGGUCUUGAAGGCUUGGCUCACUUUCUUGAGCAUAUGUUGUUUUAUGCAAGUAAGAAAUAUCCAUUGGAGGACAGCUAUAUGAAAUACAUAACAGAGCAUGGGGGCCACGCAAAUGCUUUCACUGCUUCUAAGCACACAAAUUUUCAAUUUGAUGUUAAUUGUGAUUAUUUUGAGGAGGCGUUGGAUAGAUUUGCUCAGUUCUUUAUCAAUCCCUUGAUGUCUCCUGAUGCAAUGAUGAGGGAGAUUAAAGCUGUUGAUUCUGAGAAUAAAAACAAUCUGUUAUCAGAUUCUUGGCGAAUGUAUCAGCUACAAAAGCAUGUAAGUGCUAAAGACCAUCCUUAUCACAAAUUCAGCACUGGAAAUUGGGAUACUUUGGAGGUAAGACCUAAAGCAAAAGGGCUAGAUGCAAGAGAUGAGCUUAUUAAGUUUUAUGAGGAGGAUUAUUCAGCCAAUCUUAUGCAUCUAGUUGUCUAUGGGAAAAAAAAUCUUGAUGACAUUCAACAUAUGGUGGAGGAAAAGUUUCAUGGAAUUAGGAAUACUGCUAGAAGCUGUUCUAUUUAUCCUGGUCGUCCUUGUACUUCCGAGCACCUUCAGGUUCUCAUCAAAGCUGUUCCUGUUAAGGAAGGUCAGAAGUUGAACAUCAUAUGGCCAGUUACACCAAAUAUUCGUCAUUACAAAGAGGGGCAUGAAGGGGAAGGCUCUCUGUUUUUUGUUCUGAAGAACUUAGGUUGUUCGAUGUUUCUGCAAGGUUCUUAUGUAAUUCUUGAUCCCCAGAGCAACAAAGGCACACUGAUCGACAUGAAGCUUGAGAAACACAAGAACUUGAGAGAGGAAUCAGCAUUUUUCUGGACACAGAUUGAGGAUGGAACUCUCAAAUUUGAUAGGACAGAAUCUGAGGUUGCUGCUCUUAGAGAACUGACAAAGAAGGACGUGAUUGAAUUUUUCAACAAUUAUAUCAAAAUCGGUGCUCCACUGAAGAAGAAGCUGAGUUUGCAGGUUUAUGGAGGAUUGCAUUCUUCAGAGUAUGAAGCCGUGAAACGGAAUGAAAACAAUUGCCAUUCAAUAUGUAUUGAUGACAUUUUGUCAUUUAGAGGAUCACAGCCUCUAUAUGGUUCUUAUGAGGGAUCUAAUGAAGCUUUGAAUGCUAUUUGCAUUUUCUGGUCUCGAGAAACAUAUUUACUUUUGCUCCCAAACGACUAAUUAAUGGCCGUUCCGUCAAGUUAUAUGAAAAUACAGAAAUUGAUGAUUUUCUCC